GAAUCCAAUCCGCCCAAAAAGGCAACAUGUAAUAAAACCCGCUUCAGUGUACCAAAAGAAAAUUAACGGUUGGCCAAGGAUGAGAGACCUCGUCCUCCUUGGCUCCUCCAUAGUCCUUCCUCCAGACCCCAUACCUCCUCACCACCGCACCAAGCCGAAACCAAAACCCAAGCCCAAACCCUCACUCCUCACCUCCACUUCCGCCAGGCUCUCUCCACCCAUCUCUAGCCUCCGUUCUCGGCACCCUCUCCUCUCCAACCUCCGAUGGGACCUCAACAACUACUCUGACCUCGCCACCAAGCUUGUCCAAGACGGCCGGUUCGACGACUUCUCUACGAUGGCCGAGACCUUAAUUCUCUCGGGCGUCGAGCUGUCGCAGCUGGUAGAGCUUGUAUCGGCCGGAAUUUCCGGGCUUCUUCGGGAAGGGAGGGUUUAUUGUGUUGUUGAAGUUUUGAGGAAGGUUGACAAGCUAGGGAUUUGCCCAUUGGAGUUGUUUGAUGGAUCCACUCUAGAACUUCUUUCAAAAGAAUGUCGCCGCAUUCUCAAUUGCGGCCAAGUGGAGGAAGUGGUCGAGUUGAUAGAGAUUCUUGACGGUUUUCAUUUCCCAGUGAAAAAACUAUUGGAACCUCUUGACAUCAUUAAGAUCUGUGUCAACAAAAGAAACCCAAAUUUGGCUGUAAGGUAUGCAUGCAUUCAUCCUCAUGCACAUAUCCUAUUCUGUACCAUAAUUCAUGAAUUCGGAAAGAAAAGGGACUUGGGAUCUGCUUUGACAGCAUUUGAAGCAUCCAAGCAGAAGUUGAUUGGUCCUAAUAUGUAUUGCUAUCGCACAAUGAUUGAUGUUUGUGGUCUUUGCAGCCACUACCAAAAAUCUAGGUACAUUUAUGAGGAGUUACUUGCUCAGAAGAUCACCCCAAAUAUUUAUGUUUUCAACAGUCUCAUGAAUGUGAAUGUCCAUGAUUUGAGUUACACAUUCAAUGUCUACAAGAAUAUGCAAAAUCUAGGUGUCGCAGCAGAUAUGGCUUCUUAUAAUAUCCUUUUGAAGGCAUGCUGUGUUGCUGGAAGAGUUGAUUUGGCACAAGAAAUUUAUAAAGAGGUUCAAAAUUUGGAAUCAAAUGGAAUGCUGAAAUUGGAUGUUUUUACAUACAGCACAAUUAUUAAGGUCUUUGCAGAUGCUAAAUUGUGGCAAAUGGCACUGAAAAUCAAAGAAGAUAUGUUAUCAGCUGGUGUCAUUCCCAAUACGGUUACAUGGUCAGCAUUGAUCAGUUCAUGUGCCAAUGCAGGUAUCACAGAACAGGCCAUUCAAUUAUUUGAAGAGAUGCUUCUGGCUGGUUGUGAACCUAAUUCACAGUGUUACAACAUCCUUCUGCAUGCCUGUGUUGAGGCUUGCCAGUAUGACAGGGCUUUUCGUCUUUUCCAGUCCUGGAAAGAUAGUAGAUUCCAGGAGAUUUCUGGUGGUACUGGAAAUGGCAAUACAGUUGGUGUGGAGCUUAAACAUCAGAAUUGUAUUACUAGUAUGCCAAACUGCUUAUCUAAUUCACAUCAUUUGAGCUUUUCUAAGAGCUUUCCCUUUACCCCUACAACCACAACAUAUAAUAUUUUGAUGAAGGCCUGCGGGACUGAUUACUACAGGGCAAAAGCUUUAAUGGAUGAGAUGAAGACCGCAGGUCUUUCUCCUAACCAUAUAAGUUGGUCAAUUUUGAUGGACAUUUGUGGAGGCACGGGCAAUAUAGUGGGUGCUGUGAGGAUUUUGAAAACUAUGCGUGAGGCAGGAAUUAAACCAGAUGUUGUUGCAUAUACAACAGCUAUCAAGUACUGCGUGGAGAGUAAAAAUUUGAAGAUAGCGUUCUCAUUAUUUGCAGAAAUGAAACGAUAUCAGAUACAACCAAAUUUGGUGACCUAUAAUACACUUUUAAGAGCUCGAAGUAGAUAUGGUUCCUUACAUGAAGUACAACAGUGCCUGGCUAUAUAUCAGCAUAUGCGGAAAGCAGGGUACAAAUCCAAUGACUACUACCUCAAAGAACUAAUUGAGGAGUGGUGUGAAGGGGUGAUACAAGAUAACAAUCUGAAUCAAAGCAAGUUUAGUUCAGUCAACAGAGCUGACUGGGGGAGACCUCAAAGUUUGCUUCUUGAAAAAGUUGCUGCACACUUGCAAAAGAGUGUGGCUGAAAGCCUAGCAAUUGACCUUCAGGGCCUUACACAGGUUGAAGCUCGGAUUGUCGUCCUUGCAGUUCUUCGAAUGAUCAAGGAGAACUACAUACUAGGGCAUCCAAUAAAAGAUGACAUACUGAUUAUCUUGGGGAUUAAGAAAGUAGAUGCAAAUCUAGUCGAACAUGAAUCCCAAGUGAAAGGUGCAAUCAUUAAACUUCUGCAGGAUGAACUGGGGCUUGAGGUUGCUUUUGCAGGACCUAAAAUUGCACUUGAUAAACGUAUCAAUUUGGGAGGCCCUCCUGGUUCAGAUCCAGACUGGCAAGAAGCUUUAGGAAGGAAUAGGUUACCGACCGAGUUAGAAUCUUCUACCAGGAGACCUGCAGUUUUGCAAAGGUUUAAAGUCACAAGGAAAUCGUUAGAUCAUUGGUUACAGAGGAGAGUGGGUGCCACGAGGGGGUAACAAUUACCAUGUACCAAUGCUCAAUUUUGUAUAUGAUUUUAAUGUUCCUUUCCAAAGAAUGAUAAGCCACUGCAUUGUAAAUUUUUUUGUAUCAACAGAUGCCAUGUAUACAAAAACAUAAAGGCCAUCACCACAUGUCUGAAAAAUUAUAGAAUGCAAAUAGCUUUUACUCA